ACUUCGUAUGGACAUUAGGUCUUUUAAUUUGUUAUGUGCUAUCCUUCGUAAUGAAGGUAAAUUGAAAGCGGAUGGAUUGGUCACAAUUGAGGAACAAGUGGAUAUGUUUCUACACAUAUUGGCACAUCAUUCAAAGAAUCAUGUGAUAAAGUUUCUCUUUAAACGGUCGGGAGAAACAAUUAGUAGGUAUUUUAAUAAGGUGUUGAAUAGCAUUGUACGAGUGCAUGCAUCACUCCUUAGAGCACCGGAUCCUGUAUUAGAAGAUUGCUUAGAUGAAAGAUGUAAGUGGUUUAAGAACUGUCUUGGGGCACUAGAUGGAAAUCGCAUUGAAGUUAUUGUUCAAGCAAUUGAUAAACCAAGAUAUCGUAAUAGAAAGGGGGAUAUAUCUACCAACGUCCUAGGUUUAUGUGCUAGAGAUAUGAGGUUUAUAUAUGUGUUACCUGGAUGGGAAGGAUCUGCAUCAGACUCAAGGAUAUUACGAGAUGCCAUUUCUAGGAGAAAUGGUUUAAAAGUUCCAAUAGGUUACUAUUAUCUCGUGGAUGCUGGGUAUGCGAACUCUGAAGGAUUUCUCACUCCAUAUAGAGGUUAUCGUUACCACCGCAGUGAGUGGAAACGUGUAUCCACUCCACAAUGUAAAGAAGAGCUCUUUAACAUGAGGCACUCUAUGGCUAGAAACGUGAUAGAGAGAACCUUUGGAUUGUUAAAGAUGUGA